CCUUCCCGCUGUGCCCGCCACUGGCGGCGGGAGCGGGAAGCAUGGGCGCCUGGGGGGAGUUGGGGGCCGCGGCGGGUGGCUCGCUGCUGCUGUGCGCCUCGCUGCUGGGCGCGGGCUGCACGCUGGGCCUGAGCCUGGGCCGCGGGCGGGGGGCGGCAGACCGCGGGGCGCUCGCCUGGCUCUGCUACGACGCCCUGGUGCACUUCGCACUGGAAGGCCCUUUUGUCUACUUGUCUUUCACAGGAAACAUUGCAGAGUCGGAUGGCUUGAUUGCCUCAUUGUGGAAAGAAUAUGGCACUGAUGCAAGAUGGCUUAAUUUCGACCCAACCAUUGUGUCUUUGGAAAUUCUAACGGUUGUCCUGGAUGGGUUUCUGGCAUUGGUCCUCAUUUAUGCCAUAGUCAAAGAGAAAUAUUAUCGGCAUUUCAUACAGAUUACCCUGUGCGUGUGUGAGUUGUAUGGCGGGUGGAUGACCUUCUCCCCAGACUGGCUUAUGGGAAGCCCCAACCUCAACACCAACAGCUGGCUCUACUUUUGGGUCUAUCUGGUAUUUUUCAAUAGUGUGUGGGUUCUGAUCCCAGGACUGUUACUGUGGCAGUCGUGGGUAGAACUCAAGAAAAUGUAUCACAAAGGAAAUAGUUUAGGGAAAAAGUUUCAGUGAAUUUUCAAAAUCAUAAACGUUAUUGUCUUGCUUUAUGAGCCAGAAUGGAUCAAAUCAUUUUGUGUGGCUAAAAUUUAAUACAUUCCAGUCUACACUUUCUUUUUAUAUUGUUAUUGCUGAACAACCUACUUCAAAUUGAUUGUAAAGUGGCAAGGUUUUGUUACUGGGUUUUUUCCCUCAAUUAAAUGGCAAUAAAGGGAACAGAGAAUAAAUUUUAACUUGUAAUAAUAAGACUUAAUUAUAGAUUUUUAUGGCUAACAUUAAUGGUUCUGUAAUUAUUCCACUAAUAAAGCCAAUUAUCAUAAAAUACUGUAGAGCAUGUUAUAUUAAUUUUUUAUUCCAAAGAACAUGUUGUUACUUCACUUCUAAUCUUCUCACUAGUCUUUUCAUUACGAAAGUGAAAAUAGAAAUGAAACGAAUGCCUCUAUUUUACAUUUAUAAUUUAUCAAAUUUGUGAAGCCAACAAAAAUGACAGUAGUCAGAAUUUGUGAGUGAGCCAGCUCCUCAUGGGUGACAUUGGGGUUGCACACAGACAGAUAAUUGAGUUGUGUCUGCCAUUUUUCAAGAUGGAAGUUUUGAGUUACCUUACAAGAAUACAUCAUACUUUAUGUAAAAAGGAAGUAGGAACACAGGGAAAAUAAGCGUGAGAAAUAAUAAGAUGAAGGUAAAGUUAAUAUGCCAAGUGCAUGCCAUGAUGUCAUAUAUAAUUAAUUGAUAGAAGUGAAGCACAAAUUUGUCACCUUCAGAACCAAGAGGGAAACAUGACCACGUUGUGUUUCAUAAAACACUAGUUUUGGGAAGUGGUUAGAGCAGAUCUGUUGGAGGUGGGGAGCAGGUGUCCACAUUAACUUGUUCAACACCUGCCUUUUUUACUAGACACUAAGCUCACAGAUGUAUUCUCUGCCUAGAAAAGUGCCCGGCUCAUACACCAGGCUCUUGAUAAGUUGUGGUGGAUACUAUCGCCCCGAGAGCUUAGUCUGCAUGGCCGUCUCCUUCUAGGUGUCUUUCU